AUGCUGGCGGACAGAAAGGAUGCAAUUUUGAGUGCGAUCUUCAGCACGGCGUACUUCAGUUGCUUUGUCCACUUGCUGAGUAUCUGCUGUAAUCGUUUCAUUGCUCUUCAGUACAAGGACUCAUAUGGGAGAAUGUUCACCAAGCGUACCGUCAUUGCAAUCAUCCUGAUCGACUGGGCGUUCGGCGUUUUAAGCAGCAUCCCGUCCGCCACCGAUAGUUGCAUCCUACUUCACUACUUGACCAACUUCUCGAUUGCCUACCAUGACGUAGACUCAAGGAUCGCAACAAUAACGGCGUACAAAUGGUACACCGGCGCCGUGAACGCCUGCGUGUUCGUGAUGCUGCGCAUUUUUGCGUAA